AUGUUUAGUUUUGCCGGCGGCGACGACGACUUCUUCUCCCGGCGAUGUGUCUGGGUGAAUGGUCCGGUGAUCGUCGGGGCCGGGCCGUCGGGGCUGGCCCUGGGAGCUUGUCUCAGAGAGCAAGGCGUGCCAUUUGUGGUCCUCGAGAAGGCUGAUUGCAUUGCGUCUCUGUGGCAAAAGAGGACUUAUGAUCGCCUGAAGCUUCAUCUCCCCAAGAAUUUCUGCCAGCUUCCGAAGCUCCCUUUCCCCGAUCACUUCCCGGAGUAUCCGACCAAGAAGCAGUUCAUCGAUUACCUUGAAUCGUACGCGAAGCACUUCGACAUCAACCCGCAAUUCAAUGAGUGCGUCCAGUCGGCCAAGUACGACGAGGCUUGUCGGCUGUGGCGGGUGAAGACUGUUUCCACAAGCGGCGGCGCCCAUGACCGAUCCGAGGUGGAGUACAUUUGCCAGUGGCUUGUGGUGGCGACCGGCGAGAAUGCAGAGUGCGUGGUGCCGGAGAUCGAAGGGCUGAACAAGUUCGGUGGCGAAGUCAUGCAUGCUUGUGACUACAGGUCCGGCGAAAAGCUCGCCGGAAAGCGGGUUCUGGUUGUCGGCUGCGGCAAUUCAGGCAUGGAAAUCUCUCUUGAUCUUUGCAACCACAAUGCCAAACCAUCAAUGGUGGUUAGAAGCUCGGUCCAUGUAUUGCCAAGAGAAAUUUUUGGGAGGUCGACGUUCGAAUUGGCCAUGUUGCUGAUGAAGUGGUUGCCUCUUUGGCUAGUCGACAAGAUCCUGUUGAUCCUGGCAUGGUUUAUUCUCGGAAACAUCGAGAAGUACGGGCUGAAAAGGCCUUCAGCUGGUCCUUUGGAGCUCAAGAACACCAAGGGGAAGACCCCUGUUCUAGACAUCGGGACACUGAGAAAGAUCAGAUCCGGCGACAUCACGGUGGUUCCAGUAAUCAAGCGGUUCUCAUGCGGCAUGGCUGAGCUUGUCAAUGGCGACAAACUCGAAAUCGACUCGGUUGUUCUAGCCACAGGGUACCGCAGUAAUGUCCCUUACUGGCUGCAGGAAACAGAGUUCUUCUCCCAGAAUGGGUUCCCAAAGGCUCCAUUCCCAAAUGGGUGGAAAGGCAAGGCUGGGCUCUAUGCCGUUGGGUUCACGAGAAGAGGGUUGUCCGGUGUGUCCUCGGACGCUAUCAGAAUAGCGCAAGACAUCGGCGAGGUCUACAAGGAAGACUUACAGCAGAAGAAGCAGAAGGCCCCAAGACAUCGACGGUGCAUUUCGGUGUUCUGA